GCUGACACCACAAACAGAGAUGUGCUCUCUAAAGCAGGUUAGUGCAAGCAGACAUAUGGAAAGGCACACUGAGAGAUCAACAUAAAUCAGGUGACAUCAGAUUUUUCUAGAGAGCAGUAAGCAGGAUGCAGCACAUAUGGAUUUGUAUAGCCAUGCUGACGGUACUUGGAGAACCGAACACACUUGAGGCCUCAAGAAUCCAAGGCAGGAAAAACGAGCGUGCACAGGCGCAGAACGUCAUCGACAAGAUCACCGCAGCACCCAACCUCGACCUGAGCCAGAUGGCCGGCAAAUGGUAUUUGAUUAGCGCUGCCUCGAAAUGCCCCUACCUCCUAGAGAGCGGUUUUAAGGUGGAGAGCACCACCAUAUCCCUGACGCCACCCACCACCUCCGAUGCUCCCAUGCUGGUGAGCACCUUCAGGAAACUAAACCAGCAGUGUUGGGAGAUCAAGCAAGAGUACCAAACCACCAGCUCCAAAGGAAGACUUUUGCUCUCAAAUAAGAAUCCUAAGAAAAACAUUGAUAUUGUGAUCGCUGAAACAGACCACAGCUCCUAUGCCAUACUCUACUAUCAAAGGCAAGGACAAAUCUCCAUGAAGUUAUAUGGGAGGUCUCCAAAAGUCCCUGACUCUACUGCAGAUAAAUUUGAGGAGUUUGCGGGCAAACAGGGCCUUGGGUUGGACUAUGUCUUCCAGUUCCCAAGUUACAGCUUCUGUGAGUCCAUUGAUAAGGACUGUGUGCUAGUCAUGUAAUGGAUCAUGGUCCGUCUCUGUCCUGAAAGACAUUCCUGGAGUAGCCGGUUUGGGAGCAUCAGUGAAAGCACAUUUGUCCACGACCACGAAUCUAGUCCCAAUGCAAUUUUAGUUAAGUUGUUUGCAAAAGUAUGUCUGUGUCUGUGAUUGUCUUAACAUUUGAGAAGAAAUACAAACAUAUUAACAAAGCCCAUUUUUUUCAUCCCGGCUAUUAAAAUGUUGAACUACUGAUAAAUUAACACUAAGAUUGGGCUGAAUGAUAGGAAAGUGCAGCGUACUCAUUUGACACUAGGUGAAGAUUAAGUGGCCCCAUCUCACCUCGUGUCUCCAGUUGAGCACCCCAUCAGCCACCCCACCUCACCCCACCCCACCCCCUCCUCACUCGCUUGUGAUGUAACUCUGCUUCAACAAGACUCUGCCUGUACCUUGAAAAAAAGUUAGUUACACAACUAAUGAAAAACACAUUCGUUAUUUAACAGUUGUAAUGAUCAUAUUCUGUUAGUCACUUUUGACAAAGUGUCUGCUAAAUACAAUAACCAUAACACCUGUAUUAUGUGCUCUACAUCUAAGAUGUAAAUAAACACCCCUAAAACUGA